CCUCCUGGACCGGCCGCGGUUGUUUUAAGAAGGAUCGGAAGAAAGAAGCAAUUUUAUAAUUUUCUAAAAUGUCUUCCUUGAAGUCUACGGAACCAGGCCUUAGAAAUUAUAUCAGGCACUAUUCACUUCCAGAAGUUUACGAGGCCUUGCUUUCUGGGUUGUUGAUCUUAUGUCCUGAAGAUCCACUGAGAUUCUUGGAAGAGAAGAUCACGGAGUUAAGAAUAAAAGGAAUAUAUAGCUUAGAAUGGGAUAUGUUUGUGGAUGAAUCACUGAAGCCAAAAAUGAAACGGAUGAAUGGAUAUUUUAUUAGGAGCAUCUUUGACCUUGAUGGUGGAGACAUGGUGUCCAUGGAGUUAUAUGAAAAAGCGUAUACAUUUUACCAUGACCAUUUAAAGAGGAUGUGCUUUGAUGCUUGGGUGGAAUAUCAUUUACUGAAAAAAGCUCAAGAAGUGGAAAUGCAGAGGAAGAUGGAGUUUGCUAAACACCAUUUUAUUUCCAGAAAACUGAGGGUAAUACUACAUAGAUGGAAUGCAUGGACAGAAUUGCGAAAGAAGCAGCAGGCCUUGGCUGCAGAAAAGAUUCAACGUGUUUUUGACAUGGCUCUUCACAAGGUUAUUUUAAAAGCAUGGCGUGCAGAGGCCCAGGAGUGUAAAAAGACAAGGGAGUAUUUUGAGCGUUUAGAAAGAGGAGAGCUUGAAGAAUAUUUUGAUAUAUACUCCUCCCCUUCAGAUGAAGCCAAGGAUGAAAUUUCUCAGCUACCUCGACGGGCAGCAUUAAAGAUAUUUAGUCAUCUAGAUAUUGUUGAUCUUACAAAUUGUUCUGCUGUGUGUAGAUUCUGGAAGAUACUGACACAAAGCAGUACACUAUGGAGCAGGAUCAAUUUUUCUGUAGUGAAACACAAGAUUCAAGACAAAGUAGUUGCAAACAUUUUACGGAAGUACCGCCCCUAUCUAGUUCAUUUGAACUUACGUGGCUGUUCUUCACUCUUGUGGCCAAGUUUUAAGUGCAUCAGUGAAUGCAAGAACCUACAGGACUUAAAUCUGUCGGAAUGUACAUCUCUGACUGAUGGAGCCAUAAAAGUGAUUGUAGAAAACUGUUCGGCACUCCUGUACUUGAACCUGUCUUACACUGAUAUUACCAAUGGUACACUAAGGAUGCUGUCACGGUGCUGCCAGAAUUUACAGUAUCUGAGUCUUGCAUACUGCAGAAAAUUUACAGACAAGGGCUUACAGUACCUGUCCACAGGAAAAGGCUGCCAUAAGAUCAUCUACUUGGACCUCUCGGGCUGCAGUCAGAUCUCUGUGGAUGGCUUUCGCUUCAUAGCAGCUGGUUGUACUUGGCUUCAGCAUCUAGAAAUUAAUGAUAUGGUUACGCUCACUGACAGCUGCAUCAUAGCCUUAGCAGAAAAAUGCCUUCAUAUUCAGGCAGUAUCCCUUCUUGGAUCUCCUCAUCUUUCUGAUGCAGCUUUUAAAGCACUAGUUCAAGGAAGAAAGCUGAGUAAGGUCAAAAUUGAAGGUAAUAGCCGUAUGACUGAUGCAACUUUAAAGUUACUCAGCAAACACUGCCUCAGUCUGACCCAUGUCUAUAUUACUGAUUGCCCAAGACUUACGGAUAGCAGCCUAAAAGCACUCUCAGCACUGAAGACUAUUGUUGUUCUCAAUAUAGCAGACUGUGUAAGAGUCAGUGACCCUGGUAUUCGUCAUUUUCUGGAAGGGCCUUCAGGUUCAAAAGUCAGAGAACUGAACAUUACAAACUGUUUCCGUGUCAGUGAUAUUACCCUUCUGAGAAUAGCACAAAGAUGCCAUAGUCUGACAUACCUGCGCCUUUGUUACUGUGAAGCAAUGACAGAUGCUGGAUUUGAAGUCCUGGGAAAUUUGUCUUCACUUCUUUCCAUUGACCUUUCAGGAACCGGUAUUUCAGAUCAAAGUUUGGCAGUCAUUGGCAGCAACACUGGGAUAAAAGAACUUACAUUAUCAGAGUGUCCGGGAAUUACUGACAUGGGAAUACAAAAAUUCUGCACACAGGUGAAAGGACUGGAGCAUUUAGAUAUCUCCCAUUGUUUCUGCCUGACAAAUCAAUCUUUGAAGACACUUGCAUUCUGCUGUCACUUGCUUACUUCCCUGAACAUUGCUGGCUGUCCAAAGAUGACAGAUUUGAGCAUCCAGUAUUUAUCUGGGGUUUGCCACUAUCUUCAAUUCCUAGACAUCUCAGGAUGUACCCUACUUUCUGACAAAGCAGUUCGGUACCUGUUGAAAGGUUGCAAGCAGCUUCGAGUGCUCAAAAUGCUCUAUUGCAGGAAUAUUUCCAAGUAA